AAUUCAACCAUGUCCGAACCCGGUCCCGAAUCGAUUCCUACCAGCGCAGACCCGCGCAGCAAGCGCCCCGUCAAACGCCGUGCCGUGACACCGCAUUUCGAACACGCCACACAGAUCGAAACCCUCUUUCGGGAUCCCUCGAAAGAGAUCAGACUUCCGGAUUCCUCCAAGCAGCGAACCUCGUCCUCGUUACCUCCCCCGCCCGAGAUUGUCGCAAACGUUCAGGGUUCCUCGGCUGGUGCGGGGUCGGGAGAGUUCCAUGUCUACAAGGCGAGUCGGAGGAGGGAGUACGAGCGUCUGCGACUGAUGCAGAGCGAGGUUGAUAAGGAGGUGGAGGACAAGGAAUGGGAGCAGAAGAGGGAAGAAGCCCGACGGAAGGAUGAGGAGAAGACGGAGAAGAACAGGAAGAGGAGGGAGAAGAGGAAUGCGAAGAAGGGCAAGAAGAAUGCGUCGAACGGCGAUAAGAUGGCUGUUGAUGAGGCUGGGAAGAAAGAGGUUGGCCCUAGUGUCAAUAAGGACGGUGAUAAGCAGUCUGGCGGUGAUGUUCCGGAGGAGGCCACGGAGGUCACUGGAGUGAUCAUCCACGAUGACUGAGAGUAUACGGCUGCGG